AUUACAAACAUCACGCUGGCCGAUCGAUAAGCGUAGCACCAUUGGAAUGAAGAAUUUAUGACACAAAAAUGGCCAAAAGGAGACCGAAUUCGCAAUGCCAAGUCAUUCCACACGAUCAUUUUGGAGAUGACAGUCCUGUGUUACUCAGUAUACCACAGAUGCAGAAACCUUUUGACUAUGGAUGGCAGCGGGAGAUUAUUUAUAGGCAUAUAGGAUCUGGCAGAAAUAGUGAUGUCAUUUACAUAACACCCUGUGGAAAGAAACUGAAUUGCCGAGCUGAUGUAGAAAAAUAUUUAAGAGCAGAGAAGAUCUGUUAUUUGUCUCCAGAUUGGUUUUCUUUUGACAGUCAUGUUCUAGUUGGUGGAGGAGACAGAGAGGUUUCUCGUGCCAUUUCAGUCAUAGCAACACAGGAACCAUGGAGAAAAUCCAAAUGGUCUACAUUGGUGAUAUGUACAAGAUAUUGUCCAAAUCGUAAUAAUGCCAGACCAUCACUACAGUGCACCAACUGCAAGAACUUCUUUCACCCAGAAUGUGUGUUUCUGUCUACACCAACUGAAAUCAAGAAACAUAAAGACAACUACAUUUGCACAGUGAGUUACAAUUCAUUUAAGCUGUACAUUUACUUGUAGAGUAGUAAAAUGGAUGAGUGAAGCAUUUAUAACAAAACUGUAUACAGUAUAUAGAUCAGUCAUCUUUAUUUUGGUUUACAAGUCAACUUGAUUUAUAAAAUAGCGUGCACGCUAGUCCAACCUAAUUCCUAUUGAGCCAUCAUGAACGAAAUCUCCAUAUACACACGGCCAUGCGUAUAUAACAUGAUGUGUGCAUUUUCAAUAUAGCUGCAAAAUUUCCGUCGAGGUUAGUGCGAGUUCCUUUUGUUUAAGUUUCGGCAAUGUGAAGAUUAUUCUGAACAAUCCAAACCCUACUUCAAGCCUUUGACUUUUGCCGAGCAGAGAUGUUUACUUUAAAACUUGAGUAUUUUCACUUUGUUUGUCUACAUUUUCAUUGAGUAUUUUUGACUUUGUUUGCCUACAUUUUCAUUAUAAUUAAAUCAAAGAAGCGAAUUUUUCAUUGACAAACCAGGUUAAGCAUUUUCGUUCAACUGAUUGUGGUGUGUUAGGAUCCUAAUGGCCUUUGUUUUCCUUCACCAUGCAUUGCAAGAAUUUUGUAGUUGAUCACAAUUAAAACAUGUUUUAGUGCCCAAUAUGUUGUCACCAUGUUAUAAAAGAAUUGGUUCAUGCUUUUAGCUGUAUGUAUGUCAAGUUAUGGAUGCACUUGGGAAGUUCGGAGAGCACUCAAGAAGCUAGGGUUGCUCUCGGCUAUUGUCUCAAGCAACUCUUAUGCUUCUUUGGUGCUCUCUAAACUUCCCAUGUGCAUCCAUAACUCGACAUACACAUACUAAGCAUGAACCAAUUCUUUAUGUUACAAUUGGCCUGGCCCUCAGAUAGCUAGUAGGGAGUUUAAGAAACCAGGACACAACGCUGAGGACAACGUCGAUUAAAAAAUUAU